UGAGGCCGUCAACACUGUGUACAGUGUGUAAACACCUACACGGAACAAGACAGAUCCGAGGAGAGGGUGCUGCAGGCGGCAGGACCGCGCAGAUUUCCUUUUUUCAAUUCAUUAACUGUGAAUGGGAAAACUUGCAUGGUAUUCCCGCUGCUGACUCUGUAGCUUAGCAGGAUAGAGUGUGACGGAAAAGCCCCGAAAGGUUGUUUCACUGUAAAGGAGAACGGAGGCAGCACAUCGGCGCUUAUCGACGACCAUGGCAGCGGCGACCGUUGUGGAGGCUGAUCCGGCGACGAGCGAAGGCGGCGCCGCUUUCUCCGGCGUCCAGAGCAGAGGCUGGGAUGAAUCGCAGCUCCGACACUAUUCCUUCCCAACCAAACCCAUUCCCAGGCUGUCUCAUGCGGACCCCAGAGCUGAGAUGCUGAUUAAUAACGAGGAACCAGUGGUUUUAACAGAUACAAACCUUGUGUAUCCAGCUCUCAAAUGGGACAUUGCAUACCUCCAGGAGAACAUUGGAAAUGGAGACUUCUCUGUUUACACUGCAGAAAACCACAAGUUCCUCUACUACGAUGAGAAAAAAAUGUCUAACUUUGAGAACUUUGUCCCCAAGUCACGUCGAAUGGAAAUGAAAUUCUCAGAAUUUGUGGAUAAAAUGCAUAAAACGGAGGAGAUGGGAGGAGAGGAGAGAGUAUAUCUGCAGCAGACUCUGAAUGACACAGUAGGGAAGAAGAUUGUUGUUGACUUCCUUGGUUUCAACUGGAACUGGAUCAACAAGCAGCAAGCCAAGAGAAACUGGGGGCAGCUGACAUCUAACCUGCUGCUCAUUGGCAUGGAGGGCAAUGUGACACCAGCACAUUACGACGAGCAGCAGAACUUCUUUGCACAGAUCAAAGGACAUAAGAGAUGCAUCCUCUUCCCUCCAGACCAGUUUGAAUGUCUCUAUCCAUACCCUGUGCAUCACCCCUGUGACAGACAGAGCCAAGUGGACUUUGAUAACCCCGACUAUGAGAGGUUUCCCAACUUUAAAAAUGUUGUUGGCUAUGAGGCUGUUGUUGGCCCUGGAGAUGUGCUCUACAUCCCUAUGUAUUGGUAA